AUGGAAGGAGAAUCCUUUGGUUUGAUCGUUGGGAUCUCACUUGGUUUGGUGAUCGGUGUGCUGUUAGCUAUGGCAGCAUUCUUAUGCUUUAGGUACCAUAGACAGAAACCUCAGAUUCUCAACAGUGUUUCAAGCAGAAGUGCUACGCUUCCCAUCAGAGAGAAUGGACCUGAUGCUUGCAACAUCAUGUCGGAUUCGACUCUUGGUCCAGACUCACCUAUGAAAUCCUCAAGCAACGGCAGGUCUGUUUGGCUUGCUGGGUUUAGCAAGAGGAGCAAUGUGAUCUCUGCUUCUGGCAUUUUGGAAUAUUCUUACAGGGAUUUGCAGAAAGCAACAUGUAAUUUCACGAAUUUGAUAGGCCAAGGAGCAUUUGGACCUGUCUACAAAGCUCAAAUGUCCACCGGUGAGACUGUUGCUGUCAAAGUUCUUGCCACUGAUUCUAAACAGGGCCAAAAAGAGUUCCACACAGAGGUUAUGUUAUUGGGGAGGUUACAUCACCGUAACCUAGUGAACUUGGUCGGCUAUUGCGCAGAGAAAGGACAACACAUGCUUAUAUAUGUCUACAUGAGUAAAGGAAGCUUAGCUUCUCACUUGUACAGCAAUAAAUAUGAACCGCUGAGCUGGGAUUUGAGAGUAUAUAUUGCUUUAGAUGUGGCACGCGGUCUAGAGUAUCUUCAUGAUGGGGCUGUUCCUUCUGUAAUCCACAGAGAUAUCAAAUCUUCCAAUUUGUUGGAUCAGUCAAUGGGAGCUCGGGUUGCUGACUUUGGCCUGUCUAGAGAAGAAAUGGUAAACAAACAUGCAGCUAACAUCAGAGGAACUUUUGGUUACCUCGAUCCAGAGUAUAUCUCCACAAGAACAUUCACCAAGAAAAGUGAUGUUUAUGGUUUUGGGGUUUUGCUUUUUGAGCUUAUAGCUGGAAGAAACCCUCAACAAGGUCUAAUGGAAUAUGUUGAACUGGCGGCUAUGAAUGCAGAGGAGAAGGUUGGGUGGGAAGAGAUUGUGGAUUCGAGAUUAGAUGGGAGGUUUGAUAUACAAGAAGUGAAUGAAGUUGCGGCUUUUGCAUAUAAAUGCAUCUUUCAUGCACCGAGGAAACGUCCCAACAUGAGGGAUGUUGUGCAGGUUUUGACACGUGUCAUUAAGGUGAGACAUGCCAGAAAACGUCAGAAGAAGGCUCCCUUGCUUCCACCUACGGUGGCGUCUAGUGUUGAGCAGACUGGAGAUAGAUCGGGUCUAUCGGAAAAUCAUAGGAGAGAUAAUUCCAUGGACAGUACACUUGAAGACUAGUGAUGCAUUGUUGUUUGUUUAAACAAAAAGAACAAAAAUAUUUUAUAAUUGUAAUUUAUUACCUUUGUAAUUGGCUUUUUUAUAUUUUUGGGAGGGUGGGUUCUAGGAUGAUUUAUAGACGUAUUGUUAGGAGGAUGUUGAUGGUAACUGAAAAUAGUGAAUGGGAAAUAAUAGGAGCGGAAUACCAAAUACAUCAAAAAUGGAAUAGAUUUUUUUCUAUUUA